AUGGCACCCAGUAUGGAACAAUCAUCAGAUCUUGUUUCUCGUGAAGGACCCCGCGUCAUUGAUUAUUUAAUAGAUUUUUUCAUAUAUUUAAAAAAGACAACGGGAUUUCGCGGUGAUCAUUUUCGUGCACCCGAGGAAUUACGAAGAACAUUCGAAAAAAUGGAGUUUUUCAAAAUUCCUCGACAACUUUGGAUGGCAAUAUUAAAUGCAGCUAUGAAGAUAGUCGCUGAAUUCCCACGUAUGGAAGAUCUUGAUGAACUGAUUUCACUUAUUGUUACUGUAGUUAUUUAUCUGGUUCAAUAUCUUUUGAAGAACUUUUUUCUGCGAGCUGCAUUAUUUUUGCUAAGUAAAGUGGCAUCACCAGUCAUAUCAACGAUUAUUGUAUGUAUUUAUCAUUUUGUCACUUGGGCGAUGGUACGACUCUUGAAUUACAUUAAGCCAAAAGUUGAAGAGUACGCAAGGAACAGCCAUAAUGUAAUGAAAGUAAAACCGAAUUGUAGCCUACUUAUAUCUAGUAAAAACAACAGCAAGAUUUGUAAUUUUUGUGACAACAAUUCAUUAACUAUGGUUGAACAUGACGGUCUCACCGAAUUAGAUUAUUUUUGUGAUUUUAUGCAGUAUUUGCAUGCAGAGACAGCUUUCCAACCCGAAUAUUUUCAACCAUCGGAAGAACUGGAAAUGUCAUUAAAAAAACUGGAGCUCCAUCAACUUCCUUUGAAAAUAUGGGAAGUAAUAUUAACAUCAGCACAGAAGUUAGCUUUUCUAGUGAUUAAUAAUCCAACUACAAAGCAAUUCGUUUCGUUGUUUACUGAGUUGGUAAUCGGCCUCGCUCAUGUGCUUUGUGAUAUUUUAACUAAACGAGGAUUGUUAUUCACAUUAAGUAAAAUAACAUCACCUGUAUUAUCAAUUAUUUCUAUCGUUAUCUUUUAUGUUAUAAAAUGGGCAAUAAUACCUUUAUUGCAAGUGGCUAAGCCUAAAAUAGAAAAAUAUGUCGAGUUUGUUACUGAACAAUUGAAACUUGUUUUUACAAAAAUUUCUUUGCUUCAGAUUAAAAAUAAUAAGUAA